UCCUUAGCGUACAUUGCAUCACUACACUAUAAGCGCGCGCUCGGAGCUGCCAGUAGUGCCAGUCCGUUUCGCGAUUACCUUUAGUGUGUACGUGUCUCUUGUAAAAUCUAACAGAAAUACGACAUCAUGGCCACAAAAGACGCAGGACCUGUCAUGUGCAACAGCUGUCACUCAGCUAUCAGCGGCAGAAUCGUCACAGCGCUGGACAAGAAGUGGCACCCGGAGCACUUCACGUGCAACACGUGCAGGAAGCCCAUCGACGGCGCCAAGUUCCACCAGCACGACGGCGGCGUGCACUGCGUGCCGUGCUACGCGCAGCACCACAGCCCGCGCUGCCACGGCUGCGGGGACCCCAUCACUGACCGCGUGAUCCAGGCUCUGGGCGCGUCGUGGCACGCGCACCACUUCGUGUGCGGCGGCUGCAAGAAGGAGCUCGGCGGUGGAGGCUUCAUGGAACAGGCCGGGCGGCCGUACUGCUCGUCGUGCUACGCCAACAAGUUCGCAGCGCGCUGCGCAGGCUGCGCCUCGCCCAUCGUGGACAAAGCCAUCAUCGCGCUUGACGCCAAGUGGCAUCGCGAAUGUUUCACUUGCACCAAAUGCAGAAAACCCGUCACUGAUUCCACAUUCUCGGUGCUGGACGGCAAGCCCCUGUGCGGCAAAUGCGCAUAAACACACACAAGCACACACAGCCAAACACUACACAAUAUACUAUUUAUUAUCACACACACGUUGACCCAUCAACAGCAUCCAAAGUGCACUUAUGACACCGCCCGUAUUAAAUGAAGGAAAUAAAGCUAGUUCCCGCUAAAGUUGAUACCGUAACACAUACGAUUACAGUAAACAAAUGCAUCAUCGGUACAUACCUGUAACAUCCAUGCCUACUUUCGUAUCUUAUUUAUGGGAAAACCCUAUACUAUGUUAUAGGAAAAUGAAAUUGAAUUGAACAAACCCCUUUGAUUUACGCCGCGGAGUUAUAUUGAUUGUGUGGGAAUUAAAAUUUUUCUAGUUAACCGUAUCCGUAGUACAUCGAUUAGCUUGUUGAUUGUCAUUCUGGCACAAAGUUUAAGCUCACUUUAUAGGGAAAGGGAUAUAAAUAAGUCAUACUUAAACAUAAAUAAAUAUAUACAUAGUUUUCUAAAUUUCAAAUGCGACAAAUAUUUUCAUAUUACAUAUAGAAUAUUUUAAGGAUACUUUAAGGAUCUAAUGUAAUCCAUAAUAUUAGACGAAGCUUGGCUUAAAAAAGUAUACACAAAGACAUUUCGUUGUAAAUAUUUAUAGGUAUUUGUGGUAAAUACCUAAUUUUUUACCUAAUUUUUAUUAUUACUAAGUUAUUAAUAAGCUUGCGCUAUCGGAUGUAAAGCGACAUUGUGUUGAAAAGUUACAAUUAUUUCGUACGCUAUCGCGGCACUUCUUUUUCAAAUAAAUCAUUGUUUUAA